UGCCUAAAACAUUUGCAAGCAAUCGCUAGCAAUCCCUAAACAUCCUUAUAUGCUGAAAUGGGAAGCAUUACCGGGCCGAUACUUUGGUCACAAGCCUAUAAAAGCUCAAUGUGUAUGAUCUAUAAAGAAAAUGCUUAUAAAAUACGAUUGUUCUGGAACUUCACUCCUGACUGUAUCCCCAUAGUCUUCAUAUAAUUAUUCAGGAUAGUGACACCCACACUGCAAAAUAAAUUCAGAUACUGAUAUUUGAAGGGGACAUUUCUACUUGGUGAACAUUUGUAUGAUCAGUCACUCCAGUCCCUGUGACAUUCCUUAUUGUGGAGAAAUAGCCAUCUAUCUCCCCUACAGUUUACUUGCACAUUAGUCAGGAGUUCCCCAUCCAUCCUCUGAUCUCGGGUUACCUGAUACCUGGCUGGUGUCUGGUUACUUUACUUAGCCGUGCAGUAGAGACAGAUCGUAUUCUACCUAGCAUACAGUGGCAGGAAUAACAGGAGAUACUGUACAAGAUUCAGGUGAGAGCAUUGCUCACCAAUGCUGAAAUCUAUUAAAUGAAAGAUCAUCAACACAGGAGGAUCAUCAGUGAAGAUUGCAGCAAUCAUGCAGGUGGCACUGUGCAGAUUGCGGACACAUCAGUGGUGCUUCAUCCUAUUUAAUAUUGCACUCUUUCAUGCCUUGCUCUUUGGAGCUGACUUCAUGGAAGAAUAUUUUCUACAGGCUCUUCCCUUCUCCUACAGCGAUGGGAAGUUUACGGAGAUCAAAGAACGAGCACGUAUGCUGGACAUGCAUCUCUUGAAAGGCAAUAUCUCGCGAUCAUACUUGGUCAGUGGAUCAGAAGUGUGCUCCCAACAAGAUGUAUUCUUGCUCUUGGUCAUCUUUAGUAGCCCUGAAAAUAAAACCAGACGAGAAAGAAUCAGGAACACUUGGGCCAACACAACUUUUGUACAAGGCCAGGUUGUAACAAGAGUAUUCAUGUUGGGCAGAGCAGAUUCAGAAAAUGUUCAAUCAGAUGUCUUUAAUGAAUCUCAAGUCCAUCGGGACAUUGUUCAGGGAGGUUUCCUAGAAACCUAUCAAAAGGAGACAUCUAAAACCAUCAUGAUGAUGGAAUGGAUUGUGACAUUUUGCCCUAACACUAAAUUUGUCCUAAAAGCAGACCAACAAACGUUUGUCAAUGUCCGAAGUCUAGCUGGAUACCUUCUCAGCCUGGAGUCCCGUAUGGAUGAUAUAUACCUUGGAAGGGUAAUCCAUCACUGUGUGCCUGACAGAGACCCCCAAAGCCCCAAUUUUGUCCCUGUUUCGGCCUACUCACAAACCUACUACCCAGACUACUGCAGUGGUUCUGCCAUGGCAAUCUCUCAAGAUGUGCUGAGAAAGAUGUAUUUAGUCUCUGGAAAGGUCAGCCCUUUGCUCCUGUCUGAGGUGUUUAUUGGUAUUUGUGCCCAAUGGGCUGGCGUGGCCCCCAUACAGAUUUCUAGGUUCUCUGGAACCAAGCACAUUCAAUAUAACCGCUGUUGUUAUCAGGUGAUCUUUUCAUCUUCAAACCUUGAUGAUGUGGAACUUUCCACAGUUUGGAAGGAUCUAAAUGACAGCAAUGAAUGCUCAAAGCUGGAAACCUAUUAUGGACUGGUGUCUUGUAAAGUCUGGUCCUACUUGGAUCAGUUUAAAUAUUUCAGAAUGGGUAAAAAAGACAAUGGGGGGUGGUCUUUUUAGACCACUUUCCACAUAUAUUGGUACUGUCUUCUGGUUAGCCAGAACCAAUGAAGGAAAGCAAACAAGAUACAGACCCAUCAAUACAAGAUUUGUGUAAAUCGUGCUCCCUAAUUGUUCAUACUAUCGCACAGCAAUAAACAGUUUUCAUGUUGUAGAUUGGUGUACACAAUAAAGCAUAUCUUCAGAUUGAAA